UUCCGACACCGCUCCGUGGCAUAUCUCGCGUCAAGGGAUGCUUAGUGCUCUAGAUCGGCUAUAUUGCAGAAUAGGAUUUUCAGACGAGGUGAUUUGUGACUUUACCCUAUAUUAUGAACAGCGAAAAUAUAAAUAGAACACAAGGAAAUUGUAGGAACUAGCUGCUAUUAUCGUCACAUUGUAAGCUUCAGACAUCUCUGCUAUACAAGGGCUUCACUCAAGAGAAAUGUCUUGCAGAAAUGAAACCAUGCUUCAUAGGGAAACAUGAUAAUAACCCUCCAAGAUCACUGGAAUUACUGAAUUCUCUCAUACUACUUUCUCAACAAUGAGGGCCUAGUGACAAAAACACAUUGCCAUGGGAGAAGCUGGAGCCCUCCAGACAGAAGGAAAUGCCCUCCUUAAGGCUGUGUAUCAAGGGAAAUUGCGUUUGACUAGGCUGUUAUUGGAAGGUGGAGCAUAUAUCAAUGAAGGCAAUGAGCGCGGAGAAACCCCCAUCAUGGCUGCUUGUUUGGCAAUCUAUGAUGAUCCUCAAAACCAACAAAAGAUUAUUAAAUAUCUUCUAGAAAAGGGUGCAGACCCAAACAUAGCUGACAAAUCUGGUAGGACAGCUUUAAUGCACGCUUGUGCAGAGAAAGCCAGCAAAGAAGUCAUUUCCAUGUUGUUGGAGUAUGGAGCUGACCCCAGUUUGAAGGAUUAUGCUGGUUCUUCAGCCUUAGUACAUGCCAUCAAUAAAGGAGACAGGGAAACCCUUCAGAUUUUGCUUGAUGCUUGUAAAGCCAAGGGUAAGGAGGUGAUCAUAAUAACUACUGACACCUCCCCAUCUGGUACCAAAAAGACAAAACAGUAUCUGAACUCACCACCAUCACCUGGCAUUGAAGAUAAGCUCUCACCAGUGGCUUGCAUGUCACCUUCUGAUGUGGAAAUCCGUACCUCAGCAUCUCCUGGGAGUGAAAAGGAAGAAGAAGGCAUCUUUAGCUUUGCCCUUCAAACAGCACUACCUUUACCAACUGCUCGACAUCCUGUUGAGAAAAGAGCCCCACUCUCUGGUCCAAAGAAGCUUCUUAAAAGGCUUAAUUCAGAACCUUGGGGUUUGGUAGCUCCCUCAGUAUUAGCUGCAGCAUCUCAAGAGCAACAGCAUUUGCAGAAUCAGUCAGUAAAAAACAUGUCAGUUGAUGAAGAGGUAAUGUCAGAACUUAAUGGAUUAAAUAUUUCAAAUUCAACUAAGCCUUUCCUUUCUAGGCGACACAGCAUUGAAACACCAGACCCAUCCUCUCCAAAGAUAAUGGAUCGUUCCUGUUCAGAGGAUACUGCAACCCUUUAUGGAACUUCUUGGGCUGAUAAGGUUCAACAGCAUCAAGCAUUUCACAGAAGAAACACAGCUCCUGAAUCUCAGGAAACUGGGCCUUCCACUACCUCUGGUCUAAUAUCCGCCAAUACUCGCAGUUUGGCUCAUCCCAAACUGACUCGAAUGGAGCACUAUGAGUCUGAUACUCACCUGUGUCCAGAAUCUAUCCCUGGGUCUCCUGAUUCCGGUCGUGUUUCUGUGGAACGGCGCAAGUACAAUGCUUCUCCCCUCUCUUUACUCACAAGCUCUUCUAGGGAAUCUCUUGAGAGCAUCCCCAACUCCGUCUCCCCCAUUACAAUGAGACGGAGACCACCAGGGCUACUGGAACGUAGAGGGUCUGGCACUCUUCUCCUAGACCAUAUUUCUCACACUCGUCCAGGCUUCCUUCCUCCUCUUAAUGUCAACCCUCACCGCCCUAUACCAGACAUCAGAGCAAAUGGUAAACCCCCUUCUCCAGUGCAUUCCACCCAUAAGAUCUUAGUGCCGGUGGCUCCGAGCUCUCCAAAACGCAGCGAUUUCAAACACAAGAAAAAGUUAAUGAGAAGGCACUCCAUGCAAACUGAACAAAUGAAACAGCUUUCGAACUUCCAAGAGGUUUUUGCAGAAAAAAUGAUUGAGUUUACCGGUGACUGAUUAAAAAGGUUAAAAUGUGCAAGUUUAGCAUAGGAGGAGAGAACCCAAAUGAAAAAUUAAAAUAGUAAUUUAGUUCAUUAUACAAUAUGGUUUAGCUCAUCCUCUUACAUGUUGUUGUUAACAUAUUCAUUUACCUGACCAUAGCUUCACUCAUUUUGUAACAAUGGAAGAGCAAGUAAUAAGUUUUAAAAAAUGAUCAAUUAAACCAUGUGACUAAAGGAUGAAAUGAUAUGCUGUAUAUACUGUAUACAUCUACAAAGAAAAUCACUAUUUUGUUCACACAAGACAUUUAUUAUAAUUUAAAAGUGCAAUGCUUUUAAUUUCUGUCCCUGAAGAAGGACUAUGCAGUUUGAGAUUUUUUUGCUCUUAAUGCAGUACAUUAGAAAUUGCCUGCCUUAGUAAGUUGCAGAAAGGAGGACACACUUUACUAUCUUAUCAGAAAUCAAACUGAAGAUCGCUAAGCACA